GUCCCUCCGCGAGCGCGGGGCAUCGAGCUGCUGGGCUCCCCGAGGAGCAGGCUGGCCUUUGAACUUGUUCCGCAGCUCGCUCUCUGCUCUCUUUCUCUGUCUCUCAGAUCCCAGCUCCUGGUCCAAUGAGGUGGUGUGUGUAUAUACGUAUAUGUAUUUUUUGUAACAGAUUAAAAAAAAAAAAAAGCCAAGCAAACAAAAAACCCCUGCGACGCCGUAACUGGCUCGGAACUGCUUGUGGUUGUACGAUUUUUCUCCUCCUAGAUUUAAGUCAGUCUUCCCCAACACCGAAUGGAAUUCCAUCUUCAGACACAGCCAGCGAUGCCAUGGACCCCUUCCAUGCUUGCAGUAUUCUUAAGCAACUCAAAACAAUGUACGAUGAAGGACAGUUGACAGACAUUGUAGUGGAAGUGGAUCAUGGGAAAACAUUUUCCUGUCAUAGAAACGUUCUUGCUGCAAUCAGCCCCUACUUCAGAUCCAUGUUUACUAGCGGCCUUACGGAAAGUACUCAGAAAGAAGUUCGGAUAGUUGGUGUUGAAGCUGAAUCAAUGGAUUUAGUGUUGAACUAUGCCUAUACCUCCAGAGUGAUUCUGACAGAGGCCAAUGUUCAAGCCUUGUUCACUGCAGCUAGUAUCUUCCAGAUUCCUUCCAUCCAAGACCAGUGUGCUAAAUAUAUGAUUAGUCAUUUGGAGCCACAAAAUUCUAUUGGAGUCUUUGUCUUUGCGGAUCAUUACGGUCAUCAAGAACUCGGAGAUCGAUCAAAAGAAUACAUUCGUAAAAAGUUCCUGUGUGUCACCAAAGAACAAGAGUUUCUCGAGUUGACAAAAGACCAACUCAUAAGCAUACUAGACAGUGAUGAUUUAAACGUAGACCGAGAAGAGCAUGUUUAUGAAAGCAUUAUAAGGUGGUUUGAACAUGAACAGAAUGAAAGAGAAGUGCACCUUCCAGAAAUUUUUGCCAAAUGCAUACGUUUUCCUCUAAUGGAAGAUACCUUUAUAGAGACAAUUCCACCUCAGUUUGCACAGGCGAUCCCCAAAAGCUGUGGAGAAAAGGGACCAUCCAGCACCAAUGGCUGUACCCAGAGGCUUGGAAUGACUGCUUCUGAAAUGAUCAUAUGUUUUGAUGCUGCCCACAAACACUCAGGAAAGAAGCAAACAGUGCCUUGUCUAGAUAUAGCCACAGGAAGAGUGUUUAAACUAUGCAAACCACCAAAUGACCUGAGAGAAGUUGGGAUACUUGUGUCACCAGAUAAUGACAUUUUCAUUGCCGGAGGGUACAGGCCGAGCAGCAGCGAGGUCUCCAUAGACCAUAAGGCAGAAAAUGAUUUCUGGAUGUAUGAUCAUACUACCAAUAGAUGGAUAUCCAAACCACCCUUGCUUCGGGCCCGAAUAGGUUGCAGACUGGUAUAUUGCUGUGGUAAGAUGUAUGCAAUUGGAGGUCGUGUUUAUGAAGGUGAUGGGAGAAACUCACUAAAAUCCGUGGAGUGCUACGACAGCAGAGAGAAUUGUUGGAGGACUGUUUGCGCAAUGCCUGUUGCAAUGGAGUUUCAUAAUGCUGUGGAGUACAAAGAGAAGAUCUAUGUUUUACAGGGAGAAUUUUUCCUCUUCUAUGAGCCUCAAAAAGACUACUGGGGUUUUUUAACUCCCAUGACUGUGCCUAGAAUCCAGGGCUUAGCAGCUGUAUACAAGGACUCUAUCUACUACAUAGCUGGAACCUGUGGAAAUCAUCAACGUAUGUUUACAGUAGAGGCCUAUGACAUUGAGCUAAAUAAAUGGACUCGCAAGAAGGACUUUCCAUGCGAUCAGUCCAUAAAUCCAUAUCUUAAACUGGUACUUUUCCAAGAUAAGCUCCAUUUGUUUGUUCGAGCUACUCAAGUGACCGUUGAAGAACAUGUCUUCAGAACCAGCAGAAAAAAUUCCCUUUACCAAUAUGAUGACAUCGCUGACCAAUGGAUGAAAGUGUAUGAGACCCCAGAUCGGCUCUGGGACCUUGGCCGGCAUUUCGAAUGUGCUGUUGCUAAACUCUAUCCUCAAUGUCUUCAGAAAGUACUUUAAUGAGUAGCAGGCCUUAGUGAGUUCACUAGCAUCUCAUACUUGAGGAAGCUUGUCUUAGAGUGAUAGAGAAUGCUGCCAGUAUUUAAGAAAGCCGAGAGUUCUGUGCAUGGGCGUGGGUACUCUUAAAGAUUACAGUGUAGGGAGGGGUUUGUUUUCAUCCUUGUGGUGUUUUCAUUUCAGUAAGGCUGAGGUUAACAAAGUGCAAUUAUUAGUUUUUUUUUUUUCCUGGUAUAAAAGUAAUCAUAUCAUUCUAGAAUUUUGUGAUAAGUAAUCACUGAGACUCCAGAUGAUCCAAGACAACUAUGCACUCUUGUAAGAGCAGCUAGGGCAUUUCUGGGCAGAGACAUCCAAACUAGUUUGACGUGACUUUUAAUUUUAAAUACGGGUAAUGAUCUGAGGCAAUAUCACUAGGACUUGACUUUAGCUGUGACGUCUCCAACAGGGAGGAGCACUAACUUAGAUCCUCAUUCUUAAUAUUUAAUAUAUAUAUAUUUUGUGUACUAUUUUCAAGUGUACUAAGGUUUAAAUGUGUUCUGUUAUUAGAGCAGGUUGAAGGAAAAACAAACCAGCCUCAGAAAGAGCUUUUAGUCUGAUUCAUAUUUCAUAUGUAACUUUUAAGUUAAGCUAAUGUAGUACAUUAGCAGUUUUCUGUUGAUAACUUUUUCAAGUACUGACACUCUCAUUUUCCUUAAAACCCGAAAAGGGCUCCAAUUGACAGGUGGCUGGUGCUAGUAUAAGUUAAUUCAUGUGUGUAGCUGGAUAGAUUUAGAUUGUCUGAGCCUCUGCUUAUCUUUCAGAUUGGAAUGUUAGUUUCAUGGUCAUAGUACUUAACUUGUUGAACUCUUGUGAUUUCACAAGAUUCUCUACUUAUGUGAUAGCAGGAUACGGCCAGUUAUUGGUCUAACUGGACUCAAUCUUAGAAUAGUGAGAGAGUUAUGCUCAAUUUGCACUAACAUGGGCUAUUUGGUUGCCUGUCCUCCUUCUCUACCCUCUAUCUGAAAGGUAACUUAUUUCUCCUCUGCACAGUGCAUAAUGUGAAGUUUUACCCCUACUUUUUAAAUACUGUUUUCUGGAAACAUAAAAUUCCUGCAGUGGUCUAAUUUAAUUGCUUUUAAGUUAUGUAUGGUAAUUAAAACCUCAUUUUUUUUUCAUUUAACAGUGAUGAGUAUUUUUUCAUUGUUCUAGCUGAAGGUGAUUGAGAAGGAAAAGUGUAAGUGAAUAGAACAAUAGCAGUAUAGGUUCCAAAUCAUUUUUCAUAUUUAACUGAUGAAUUUCUAAUUAUCAGCUAGGAAUAUUAAUAUUAACAUGGAGGACAAACCAAUUCAUUUGUAAGACCUAAUGCAGAUAUUUGAAUCAGUAACUUAUUUUUUACUAUGUUUAGAAUAAUUGAUAAAGGAUGUAAGUAUAGCCCAGAGUCUGUCUUUAACCAGAACAUUUUUAUUCUCUUAAAGAAAGCAAACUGGCAUGGUUUGUAUUUAAAAGUCUUGCACAAAUUGUAACGUGAUACUGUGAAACAAAUUUAAAACAUUGCCUCUUUGCAUCACAUACCUCGUUUUACAGAAACUUUCCAACUUCUUGUCACGGAGCUCUACAAGUAGGGAGAGUUUUCUGAAGCAGAAUCUAAAGUGGACAGCAUCUAUGGAACUAACAUCUUAAAAUCUAGUCUUAGAAAGCUAGAGAUGUGAUUUCUUCUUAUUGGCCUUGGUAGCGUCUAUAAUCUCUUUGUAAACCUUAUCAACCAAGAACCUUUUUUUUUUUUCUUUUCCCCUCCCCGGUUUUUCUUGAUCUUAUACUGAUUUCCUUAUAUUCAUGCUUUUUGGGGGCUAUUUCUGUGAGUUUUUUUGCAGCAUUCUUUACAGUAUUGCUGAGGGAAGAAAAAACAAAAAUAACCAACUUUUGCAAGAGGUGUUCAUGUAAUUUAAUUCUGAAAGCUUCAUUGCAUAUCUAAGAUUUCCUGCUGCUUUCUGACAAUCUUCUGUAUUUAUUUAGGAAAAUGAAUGACUUGAAAACAUGACAUAGAACAUUUAGUUAGAAAUUUACACGUGUCGUAUGAUAUAGACGAGUACAACAUACUGUGGUUAAUUCUACAGUAGAUGUAUUCCGUUGAUCUGCACAACAGUUGAUCGUUUUGUUGUAACAAUUUAUAUUGAGGGUAUGAUCUAAGUAUAGUGUGUCAAAGCCCAGGUUUAGGAUUUGCUAUGGGAGUAGAUAUAUAUUGAAUUUUGUAUGAAGAACUAUUGUUUAAAUUAUAUAGCUGGGACGUUUUGCCACUUUUAAAUAGUUUCAGAAGAGGUCCUAGAAAACUAAGAUUAGUUGUAUAUGGGUUUAUGUUUAGAUAUUUAAGGUACGUUUGCAGAGUAUGACGAGAACAUUAGUAAAAGGCACAAUGGGUACUACAGAAUUAAAAUAGGGUAAGUCUAAUAUAUGCCAGUCUCACUUUAACUUUGUUUUAACUUUGUUUUGACAUUUGAAGAAUGUAUGUAGCACUUUCCUAUAUAUUUUUGACACAUUGAAAACUGGACUUGGGAUAACUAUGUUAUAGGAAAGUAGAAAUUGUAUUCUUUAUUUUCCAUCUUUGUUGUCUGUUAUGAAGUUGAUGCUCAAGCAUCAAGCUUAUUUCAUUGGUGCAUGAGACAAAGUGGAUGUGAUCUGUGAGGAAUCAGAUUCCCUACAUAAAGCAGUUUAAAAUGGCAUUCAUUGUUCAGCGCUCAGGUAUGUAGUAAGUACUGUAGUCCUAUGGAGGCAAAUGUGUAGAUAUUUUAAACAUUUUGCCAUGAUUGCACAAUUUUUUGCAUUUUUACCUGAUGUCAUUGUUUCUUAUAAUAAAACCUUUUCUGACUGAAAACUUCCAUUGUUGUAAACAGACCUCUGACUAAUGAGUUUUCCAGAAUUAAAAUUGGACAAAUCAUGAAAUACCUCGUGGUGGAAUGGAUUUUAAUCUGUUGAGUAUUUGUCCUCUGAUACAGAAUGAACUGGUCAAGAUCACCUUACAUUAUGCUCUUUAAACUCUAAAGCAAGGUCACUUAUAUUGGUAACUCUUUUGUUACGUUUGCUCUGGCCUAAAACCUCGUGGUUAUCCUUGUCUCCUCUCUCACUUCAUAUUGUGUGAACAGUAUUUGAAUAUGUUUUGUAUGUUACAUCAUAUUCAAGCACUGUUGGCUCCACCUUCAGAAUAUACCCAGACACUAAUCAUGUACCACUUCAAACACUAUCACCCUAGUCUAAGCAGUUGUAUCUUGUCUGGACUAUUGCAAUUGCCAGGAACUUGUCUCCCUCCUACCAACCUUAAUCCCCAGUAAUCUAUUCUGUUCUCCACACAGAAGCCAGGGUGAUCCUGUUAGAACAUAAGUCAGAUCAUGUCAGAACCCUCAAUGACUAAUCUUCUGUUGUAUGAGAGCCAAAAUCCGUGUUUACAUUAUCUGCACCCUUCAACCUCACUUCUUGGAUCUCACUGCCAUUCCCUCGGUCACUCUAUUCCAGUCGUACAUACCUAGCUGUUCCUGAAACAUACCAAGUACCUCCAACAUCAGGGCCUUUCCGCUUGCUGUGCCUUCUGUCAGGUAAUCCUUGACAAAUUACUUUAUUCAAGUUACUAUUAAAAUGUCAUCUUACCAUAGAGGCCUUAUGUAAAAUAGAACACCCUCCCUCCAAUUUCACUCCAACUCGUACCAUCUAUCUUUCUUUUCAUGCUUUAUUUUUUCUAUAUGUCUUCCUCCAUUGGAAUGUAAGCUCCAUGAAGACAAAUUUGUUUUAUUCACUACCGCCCUUCACAUCAGUGCCUGGCACGUAGUAGGCUCUCAGUACAUGUUUCUAGGAAAGAAUGGAUUUUCAGUUAAUUCUUAGAGCACCCUGAGAAGUGAUAGGACCAGUACUAUCAUCUCUAUUUUACCAAAUAUGAGGCACAAAGACCAACGGAACUGCUAAAGGUCAUCUAACUAGCCAGGGGCUCAACUGGGAUAAGAAACAAGAAUCCCAAUUUCACCUCAAGUAUAUGCUAUAUUGGUUUCGAACAAAACUAACAGAAAAGGUAGGGGUGCUCUUUAUUUUGUGUUUAAUGGUGGUUUUUUAGAGUCCCACAUUCCAACACUAUUAUUUAAAGUAUCUACUGUAUUUAUAACUGAUUCUCUACCAGGAAGUAGAUGAGGUAGGAAACUACUUUCCCUUUGUCACCCCAUCUGCUUCCCCCUGUCAUUAUAUCAUGAUAGUAC